GUUGUAGCAAGCUACACAAAUGGAAACUGGUGGAGCUAUAGGCAAAACACGCUCUGAAGUGUGGUCUCAUUUUGACCAAAUACAAGUUGGCGAGAAGAGGAAUGCAAUGUGCAAAUACUGCAACUAUUGGUUGGCUACACAUCCCAAGCUAGGAACAAUUCAUUUGUGGAGGCAUUUGGAUAGAUGCACAAAACGAAAGCCUGCACAAAUAGCAGUAUCGGUUGAGGUUCAGAUUGGGUCUGAAAAGGAAACCAAUGACCAUGCUGAUAAUGAUAAUUGAGACUGUGGCAGCUUGAGAUGAGUGAGUGAGUGAU